AUGUCAGAAAGAAAAGCUCUUAACAAAUACUAUCCCCCCGAUUAUGAUCCUAUAGCUGCCGAAAAGGCAGCUCGGAAGAUGUCUAAGAGUUUGAAGAACAUUAAGAAGGAUUCUGUAACAAUUAGAUUGAUGACCCCAUUUAGUAUGACAUGUUCUGUUUGUUCAGAGUUUAUCUCGAAAAGUCGUAAGUUCAAUGGUAAAAAAGAAUUACUACCAAAUAAAUAUUUGGAAAAGAUAAAGGUUUACAAAUUUACAAUUAGAUGUCCAAGGUGCACCAAUAGUAUUUCUUUUAGAACUGAUCCUAAAAGUGCAGACUAUGUUAUGGAAUCAGGUGGGAUAAGAAGUUACGUGAAAAGAAAGGAGGAGGAGUUUAAAAGUAAAGAAGAAAGUGUAGAUGAAACACUUGAACGACUGGCUAAGAGAAACGAAGAGGAAGAGGAGAACACUUCAGAAAAGAACACUGGAGAUGAUAAAAUGGAGGUAUUGGAACAGAGACUAGCAAAACUACAGAAAACACAGGAGGAUGAGGCUGAAAUAGAAAAUUUGAGGAAGGCUAAUUAUCAGAGAAUGCAAAGAGCUAGCGACAUGUUACAGGAUACAGAUAAUAGGCUAGAUACGGAUUCAGAUGAAUUAGAUAUAAUUUCUAGGAAUGCGUUCAAAAAUUUUGCGAAUUCAAAUUUCAAUGCUCCAGCUAAUAUAGCAUCUUCAAGUACAAAAGCUCAGGAUUCCGGCAAAAUAGACGUCAAAGAACUUGUUCAAAGAAGAAACAAAAUAAAGCUAAAGAAGCAUGGGACUAAUAAAAAAAAUGCACUUGGAAUAGUUGGUAAAAAAAGAUGA